AUGGCAGGAAAGUCCGUGGGCAUUGGAGUAUACAGGUUGCAAUCAAUCGCAACCAAUUGUGUAAAUUCUCCUCCAGCGCCCGACUUUGAAAUGAGGAACAACUUCAUCCUGGUGGGUUUUCCGGGACUACAGGAAUCCCGGGCCCGCCUGGUGCUACCCUUCCUCAGCCUCUACCUGGUGGUCCUGUCCACCAACGCCCUGGUCAUCCCACGGUGGCAGCCCAGCCUGCACCAGCCCGUGUACCUGCUCAUCGCGCUGCUCCUGGCCGUCAACAUCUGCGCCGCCGCCGCCGCCGCCACCGUGGUGCCCGCCAUGCUCUCCAGCUUCUCCACGCACUUGCACCGCAUCUCCCCGCCUCGCCACCUGCUCCGGAUGUUCUACGUCUACUUCCUCAUCGUCUUGGAGGUCAUCCUCCUGGUCAGGGCCUUGGAUCGCUACGUGGCCAGCUGCAGCCCUCUCCGCUCCCCGGAGGUAGUCGCGGUCCCGGCGCUGUUGGUCGCCCUGGUCGGGGUGGCGGCCUCCGGGCGCACAGGCUCUGUGGCCCGGGUGGCGGUGGCGCUGGCUUCCCGGGUGCGCUUCUGCCGCUGCUCCAGUAUCAUCCAUCACUUGGCCCCUGAGCGCACCGCCCUGAGGAAGCUGGCCUGUGGCGACGUCUGGCUCCACAAGCGGGUGGGCCAAGCCAUGCGCGUCUUCAACAGAGUCCUGGACUUGGUGCUGCUCGGGGCCUCCUGCUCCCGCCUCAUCCACGCUGCCUUCCGCAUCUCGUCCUCGGGCCGGGCGCGCUCCAAGGCCCUCCAGACCCGCGGCUCCCACCUGCUGGUCCUCUUCACCAUCUAUUCCUCCACCGUGUCCUCGUCCAUGGCCGACCGCCUGGCCCGCGCGGCCUCCCAGGCCCUGCACGACCUGCUCGGCGCCUUCUACCUGCUGCUCCCGUGCCUGCUCAACCCCGCCAGGACCAAGGCGAUCAGGCCGCACCUCGCCGCUCUGUUCCGCAGGAACCAGCAGAAGGUCUCGGCUGAGAAACCCCAGGCCCUGCCCUCGCACGAGCUUCCUUGUUGA